ACCCUUCCAGAAGGAGAGCUGUCUGGCUGCUGGGGGAGGAGCUGUUUCCUCCCUGAUCGGAUCCCUUGGACCUGUGAACUGUUUGGUACCCAGUGUCCCCACAGGCCCCUAGCACCUGGCUGGCAUGGCAAAUGGCAGUACUAGGCUGGAGGCAGGGCAGGGCAGGUAUCCCACCUGCCAACUCCCCACCUUGUCUUACCUCCUCCUGGUUUGAUGUAGGGUUGCAGCCAUUAUCCCAGGCUCAGACCAGAUGUCUCCAGCUUAGACCCAGAGCACGCCAGGGCUUGUGAGAGGGGCACCUCCACAAAGCCUGGCUGUGUGCCUAAGUGUUCCCUUUAUAAACAUGGUCAUUGGCCUGUACCAGGAUUAAAUGGGCUAGGAUCCAUGAAGGGAAUGGGAAAGGACAGUGCCAACAUGUGGCAGGUGGUCAGGAAAUGGCUUUGUUGAUGCCUGGGUGGCCAACACCAGCUGCCCUGGACCUCGAAGCCAGGGUUUUGCUGAGCUGGGCAAAGAAAGGAAAAGCUUGUUGCCAACAAGCACAAGUAUAGCCUGGCUGGCCACUGCAGUGUGUGCCUUCAUGCCCCAUUGUGUACCCGGAGAGGAGUGUGGGAAGCAGCCAGAACCCAUGACCCUGCUUCCGCGAGUCAAGGAGCUCUGGGAAACCCCAGUGCUGAGCGUCCUGUCCCCGUGGCCAAGUCUGCCCUUGUGGAGAGAUUGCGAACAGGGCCUAGACUGCUUCUUCCUUCUGCCAGCCCCGCCCAGGGGCUCCUGGAUUUGGCUAAGACCCUACAAGGGUAUUUGAAGAAGAACCCUCCUGACCAUGUGGUAGGGCAGAGGCUAGAAGGCAGUCUCUGGCUUGCCAGUUUGACCCUGUCACCUGCAUGGAAUGUCACCUGUGGAGUGGAGCAGGCUGAGCAGCUGACUGCUGGCUGGAGAAAUGUCUUUCAUGUGACCCCACCCUGAGCCUGCCCCACCCCUGCCCAGGUCUGUAGCCCAUUCUGGGAAGCCUGGAGCAAGAACCCCAGAGCUCAGGUCAGCUUUCCAAGGUGCAGCGCACAGUUGGGGAAGGGUGCGAUCUGGUUUGGCCAAGUAUCCCUUACUGGGAGCCCUGGACCCUCCCCAGGGCCUCUGUGGGAGGGGAGUGGGGUUGGCCUGCCCACAGGGUCCACCUUUUGCUCUAGCCUAGGGAAGAUCCUGCAAGGAACCGGCUGGAGGGAGGAGACUCAGGGGGCCUGUGAGUGGCCCCUCCAAGGCAGUGACACCCUGACCCAUCCCCCCACCGCCCUCCCUCCGCCCUCUCCUGGCAGAGGGUGGCAGCCUCAGGGCUCCUUGCAUCAUUUUGCGGCUUGGCUGUCUUCACCCAGUGGCUGUGGGGCUGCAGCGGGAAGGGCAGAGCAAGCCACCAUGGCGACACACCUCUUCGACCACCCGCGGCGCCAGCCCCUCUUGCGCCAGGCCAUCAAGAUAAGACGCCACAGAGCCAAAGGCCUGCAGGAUCCCCUGCCCAAAACAACCCAGGAGAUCGAGCCUCCAUCCCACCACCUCUCCCGCGAGGAGCGGGACCUGCUCUACGAGGAAGCGCUCUACACUGUCCUGCACCGCCUGGGUCAGCCAGAGCCCAACCAUGUGAUCGAAGCCUCAGAGCUCCUAAGAUACCUGCGGGAGGCCUUCCAAGUGCCUCCUGAGGAGCACCAACAGAUGCUGCAGCAUGUCAGGGAGCUUGAGAAGCCAGUAUUUUGUCUGAAGGCAACAGUGAAACAGGCCAAGGGUAUUCUGGGCAAGGAUGUCAGUGGGUUCAGUGACCCCUAUUGCCUGCUAGGCAUUGAGCAGGGGGUGGGCAUGCCAGGGGGCAGCCCCGGGUCCCGGCGUCGGCAGAAGGCUGUGGUGAGACACACCAUCCCCGAGGAGCAGACACACCGCACCCAGGUCAUCAGCCAGACACUCAACCCAGUCUGGGAUGAGACCUUCAUCCUGGAGUUUGAGGACAUAACUAAUGCAAACUUUCACCUGGACAUGUGGGACCUGGACACCGUGGAAUCUGUCAGACAAAAACUUGGGGAGCUCACAGAUCUGCAUGGGCUUCGAAGGAUAUUUAAGGAGGCUCGGAAGGACAAAGGCCAGGAUGACUUUCUGGGGAACGUGGUUCUGAGGCUGCAGGACUUACGCUGCAAAGAAGACCAGUGGUAUCCCCUGGAGCCCUGCACUGAGACCUACCCAGACCGUGGCCAGUGCCACCUGCAAUUCCAGCUCAUUCACAAGCGGAGAGCCACUGCGGCCAGCCGCUCCCAGCCCAGCUACACAGUGCACCUCCACCUUCUACAGCAGCUGGUGUCCCAUGAGGUCACCCAGCACCAGGCAGGCAGUACCUCCUGGGAUGCAUCACUGAGUCCCCAGGCUGCCACCAUCCUCUUUCUCCAUGCCACACAGAAAGACCUGUCUGACUUCCACCAAUCCAUGGCGCAGUGGCUGGCUUACAGCCGCCUCUAUCAGAGCUUGGAGUUCCCCAGCAACUGCCUCCUGCACCCCAUCACCAGCAUGGAGUACCAGUGGGUCCAGGGUCGGCUCAAGGUAGAGCAGUUGGAGGAGCUAGCCACCUCAUUCACCUCCUUGCUUGCCUACGGCCUCUCCCUCAUCCGGAGGUUCCGCUCUGUCUUUCCCCUUUCUGUCUCUGACUCUCCAGCCCGGCUGCAGUCUCUCCUCAGGGUCCUCGUACAGAUGUGCAAGAUGAAGGCCUUCAGAGAACUGUGCCCCGACAGUGCCCCACUGCCCCAGCUGGUGACCGAGGCCCUGCGGACUGGCACAGUCGAAUGGUUCCACCUGAAGCAGCAGCACCAUCAGCCCAUGGUGCAGGGUGUGCUGGAGGCAGGCAAGGCCUUGCUGAGCCUGGUACAGGAUGUCCUGUGCGACCUGCAUCAGUGCCAGCGCACAUGGAACAAGAUCUUCCACAAUGUCCUCAAGAUCGACCUCUUCCCCAUGGCUUUCCUGGAGCUGCAGUGGCUGGUGGCCAAGCGGGUGCAGGAUCACACAGUGACAGUGGGCACCCCUGUAUCCCCAGAGAUGGGCGAGAGUUUGUUCCAGCUCUACAUCAGCCUUAAGGAGCUCUGCCAGCUGGGCCCAGUCCCCUCAGAGAGGGAUGGAAUCCUGGCCCUGGAUGGUUUCCACCGUUGGUUCCAGCCAGCCAUCCCCUCCUGGCUGCAGAAGACGUACAGUGUGGCUCUGGAGAGAGUACAGCGUGCUGUGCAGAUGGACAAGCUGGUGCCCCUGGGUGAACUGAUCAAGCAUAGCACUUCAGCUGUGGAUCUGUCUACCUGCUUCGCCCAGAUCAGCCACACUGCCCAGCAGCUGGACUGGCCAGACCCAGAGGAGGCCUUCAUGAUCACAGUCAAAUUCGUCGAGGACACCUGUAGGCUGGCCCUGGUGUACUGCAGCCUUAUAAAGGCCCGGGCCCGAGAGCUUUCUGCAGGCCAGAAGGACCAGGGCCAGGCAGCCGACAUGCUGUGUGUGGUGGUGAAUGACAUGGAGCAGCUGCGGCUGGUGAUCGGCAAGCUGCCCACCCAGCUGGCUUGGGAGGCCCUGGAGCAGCGUGUCGGGGCUGGGCUGGAGCAGGGGCAGCUGCAAAACACACUACAUGCCCAGCUGCAGGGUGCACUGGCUGCUGGGCACGAGAUCCGCACUGGUGUACGCACCCUGGCUGAGCAGCUGGAGGCAGGCAUUGCCAAGCACAUCCAGAAACUCGUGAGUGUCAGAGAGUCGGUUCUAACUGAUGAUGCCAUUCUGCCUCUGAUGAAGUUCCUGGAGGUGAAGCUUUGGUACAUGAACACCAACCUGGUGCAGGAGAACUUCAGCAGCCUUCUGACCCUGCUCUGGACUCAUACGCUCACGGUGCUGGUGGAGGUGGCCGCUUCCCAACGUAGCUCGUGCCUGGCCUCUAACAGGCUGAAGGUGGCCCUGCAGAGCCUGGAGAUCUCCUUCCAUGCUGAUGGGCGUGGUCUGCCACUGGAGGCCCUUCACACAGCCACCUUCCAGGCUCUGCAGAGGGACCUGGAGCUCCAAGCAGCCUCCAGCCAGGAGCUCAUCCAGAAGUACUUCUGCAGUCGCAUCCGGCAGCAGGCAGAAACCACCUCUGAGGACCUGGGCGCUGUCACGGUCAAAGCCUCCUACCGCACCUCUGAGCAGAAGCUGCACGUGGAGCUGCUCAGCGCCUCCAGCCUGUUGCCCCUAGACUCCAAUGGCUCCAGUGAUCCCUUUGUCCAGCUGACCUUGGAGCCCAGGCAUGAGUUCCCCGACCUGGCCCCCCGGGAGACUCAGAAACACAAGAAGGACCUUCACCCACUAUUUGACGAGACUUUUGAAUUCCUGGUGCCUGCUGAGCCAUGCACCAAGGACGGGGCAUGCCUCCUGCUCACCGUGCUGGACCAUGACACGCUGGGAGCCAAUGACCUGGAAGGGGAGGCCUUCCUGCCACUGUGCACCGUGCCUGGGAUGAUGGGCUGCGAGGAGCCUGGCGAGGCACCUCAGAUCCGCCUACCUCUCACGUAUCCUGCACCCAAUGGGGAUCCAAUUCUGCAACUGUUGGAGAGCCGGAAGGGUGAUCGUGAGGCCCAGGCUUUUGUGAAGCUGCGGAGGCAGCGAGCCAAGCAGGCCUCUCAGCAUGCCCCUCGGCCAGGGCGAUAGCAGUGGAGGCUUGAAGAGGGGCUAGUUUCUGGUGGGAUCCUGAAAGAUCAGGGUCUUCCCCACCACAGUGCAGCCCUUCAGCCUGGCCUAAUGCUUGGGAAGCCCCAGCAGAUGGAGAGCCCAGAAGACAGACCCUCCUCCAGGCUCCCGCAAGAGCAGGGGCCCACAGUGAUGGGACAUCUUUAACAUUUAUACUCCCUUCUCCCUCCUUUGAGCCCUGGCCUCCACGUUGUCUGCUGUCUCCCAACACAGUGCCUCUGUUCCACCUGGAAAAGCUGCUCCAGCGCAGUGUGGUCUAGAACCAUGUCUCUCAGCCUGCCUGUUCCAGCACUGGGGUGUAAAGCCAGGAUAUUGAGACACAGGGGCUGUGGACAUAGAGCUCUGGUAGGGAGAGGGGACUCUACCAAAGCUGCCCUGGGAAAGGAGGGCCAUUACUAGAGGAUACCUAUAAUGAGGGACUUUGGCUCUAGGGUGAGAGCGGGCAGGCGGCAGGGCUGGCACAAAGGGAUAGCAGCAGAAAGGACAGUUUGGCUGUGUCUGCUGAGAACAUCUCCUCCUUCAAACAGCACCUGCAACCUAGAAAUAUUCUUAGCAAAAAUAAAAAAUUAUCCACAGUCCUCUGAGAAAAUCUAUUGUUGGCUCACAGUGGGCCCCUGAAGGUUCCUCAGGUUAUGCAGCCUCCUUCCCAGCCCUCAGGAGACUUUGAGUGCCCCCAUCUUGGAACCCCUGUGCUCCAGGGAGGUGGUUGUGGGGGACUGCUCCAAGAGCAGUGGCAGGGGUGGCCAGCAUUACUAGUGUUUUGACCAUUACUGAAUGGAUGGCACAUAAUUUAGUAUGGUAGUUGCUCAGGACAGGGGCCUGGUGAGACAAUUGUGAGGCCGAGCCCAAGGACUAGUGGUAGCUCUAGCUGUGAUCCUAAUGAAGUCACUUAACCUUUGAGGUUGCACGGGUUGACUGACAGAAGCCAGAGAUGGGCAGCUCUAGCCUCAAGCCCAGGCAGAGACUUCCGCUCUAGUGUUUUCUUACCCCCAACACAUAGCUGGGUAGGGAGAAGGGUAAGGCAGGAGGAAGGUAAGGUACUGCCUCAGAUCCUUUUUUUUGGCGGUGCUGGGGUUUGAACUCAGGGUUUUAUGCUUGCUAGGCAG